UCACAGCGUCGGCGGCCAUUUAAAAAAUAGAGCAAUAGAAUUGCGCUUGGCCACCUCCCAUUGGACUGGUACUCAUUUUGUCUGUGAAAAUGCCAAAUAAGAUUUAACAAUUUAUGGAAAGAAGAGAGAGCAAUUGUACGGUGGUUGAAUUUGGAAAUGUGAACAUUCAGGAUUUAGAAAAGGGAGACGAAAGCACAACAUAAUCACAGAGAAAAAAAGAUCAAUAGCUGAACAACCCAGUGAACAGGAACCCAUGUUUUAAGUUCCUUUGGGAAAACAGAGCAACCAAGCCUUACCCAACAACUUUAAAGUCAUGGCAGAGGCUCUGUCAUCAAUAUCAUCAUCAGCAAUGGCUUUCUCGACUAACCCUUGUCGACUUCUCCCAUCGGCCUCAACUGCCAAACCCUCGUCGCUUCCACUUCCCUCUUCCCCUUCUCUUUCUUUUUCUUCUCUCAAAUCAACCAGAUCGUCUUCUCUACUGCCUUCUUUCGUUCUCCGCCAGAAACUCCAGAGGAGGUCGUUGGUUCGAAGACCUAAUGCCGGAAGCACAGUCGUGACCCCAACUUGCUUCGCGUCUGAUUCCGAACAGUUGAUUAGUGCUAGAGAAGAUAUCAAGGAACUUCUGAAGACUACAUUUUGCCAUCCAAUUUUGGUUCGAAUUGGAUGGCAUGAUUCUGGAACCUAUGACAAGAACAUUGAAGAGUGGCCACAACGAGGUGGAGCUAAUGGAAGUUUGAGAUUUGAAAUAGAGCUGAAACAUGCAGCUAAUGCUGGUCUUGUAAAUGCAUUAAAGCUUCUUCAGCCUGUCAAAGACAAGUAUCCAGGUGUGACAUAUGCAGAUCUGUUCCAGUUGGCUAGUGCAACAGCUGUGGAGGAGGCUGGAGGCCCCAAAAUUCCCAUGAAAUAUGGACGAGUUGACAUAUCUGAACCUGAGCAAUGUCCACCAGAAGGGAAGCUCCCUGAUGCUGGGCCCCCUUCACCUGCUGGUCAUCUACGCGAUGUCUUCUAUCGGAUGGGGUUUGGUGACAAGGAUAUAGUUGCAUUAUCUGGAGCACACACAUUGGGAAGGUCUAGACCAGAGCGCAGUGGAUGGGGAAAGCCAGUGACGAAGUAUACUAAAGACGGUCCUGGAGCACCUGGAGGACAUUCAUGGACCGUUCAGUGGUUGAAGUUUGACAAUUCCUACUUCAAAGAUAUAAAAGAGAGAAGGGAUGAAGAUCUGCUGGUUUUGCCAACUGAUGCUGUUAUUUUCGAAGAUCCGACAUUCAAGGUAUAUGCUGAGAAAUAUGCAGAAGAUCAAGAAGCAUUUUUCAAUGACUAUGCUGAAUCCCACGCCAAACUCAGCAAUCUUGGAGCCAAAUUUGACCCUCCUGAGGGUUUCUCAAUAGAUGAUGGCUCGGUGAAGGCUGAACCAGAAAAGUUUGUGGCAUCAAAAUACUCAUCUGGGAAGAUCAUAAUGAAAGAAACCCUAAAUCCUAUAGUUAUAUUCUUUAGUGAGGAAACAUAUCUUGCAUUGACAAGAAAGACUUCCAAAUGGAAGUUCACCCAUACAAUGCUUUUCAAUAUUUUCUGUUCAUGGUUUCUGCGGGCUUAAGAAACAAGAAUCCUGUUUUGUGGUUCCGUCCCUUUUAAUAACAACACAAGAUGAAGCUAUUUCGAAACAACGCGAACUCACACCUAAAACUUGGAAAUCAAAAAGUGAAGGAAAUGAGAAUAAGAAUUAAAUAUGUUUGCAUAUUUGAAUUGCAGAGAGAGCCUUCUGAGGGCUAUGAAGCAGAAGAUUCAGAGGGAGUAUGAAGCUAUUGGUGGAAGUCCAGAUAAUUCUCUUAUGUUUGAACUAUUUUUAUUUUGAGUAUCAUGAUAAUGGUUCCUGUUUUGGCUUUUUUUAACAUCUCUGAUUGGUUACUAAAUUUAAUUUCCUUUUUUUA